CAAUAUACCUUAGUCUCCAAACAAGUGUUUGAGCUGUAAAAUUCUCAAUCAAUCUAAGAGAGGGAAAAAGUUAAGCGACAAUUUCUAUGAGGCUGUUGUAGCUUAAAAUGAAUAUUAUAUAAGUAGUAGUAGUAGCACAGCUUGUUGUUUGUACGGCACACACAGCACAGCUGAUAACAGCACACUUCACUGAAUUACCGCUGUCGGAGAUGGUCUCAUCUAGCAGAGAAGCACAUGUUUCUUUUUAAGGGGAACACACAUGUAAAAUCCAAACAAGGUUACAAGGAAGAUAGGAUAUAGGCGAAGCAACAGCGCCCUGGUGUACAUCAAAUCUGAUAUACUAAAGAAUUGACAAUUGUUGAAAUUCAUUACCGGAAUCGAAGUGGGUUCAUACUGUGUUCGAAUACAGCACUAAUAAGUCAUUGGGAAGCAGCCACACUACGGUGCAGCCUUGAAGGGUUCAGCAGAAAGAAUCUACGCUAGCAAUUAGUUACGGGAUGUAAACAAGCCAAUACUGGUUGUAAAGCGGAGAAACAUAACAGGAAGUUUACAAAAUGAGUCGGAAGGAGGGAAGAGGCAGUAUACUGUGUUGUGCUUGCUGAUUGAUCUCAGACCAGACCAGAUAAUCAGACGGUUACAUCGCUGAAAUGCUUUAAUCGUCGGUUCAUAUCAUUAACAAAGCCUUCCACUGCACUACAGGAAACCAGUUAUUGAAAAUCGAACGAAAAAAAAUCGAUAGAGAAACAAUAUUUGUCCAUAGUCUUGCCACCACUAAUCCGGAAUACAUGUCUUCUGGAAACAACAAAAACAGUAAGAAGUAUAACGUCGACGUCGUCAGCAGUAGCAGUAGUAGCGGAAGUAAAAGAAACAUCGAAAGCAAGAAGAACCGCACGAAUAACGAAAACAACAGCAGCAGCAGUAGCAGCAGCAGUAAUACCAGCAGCAACAACAGCAAUAACAAGUGUAACAGCAAACAACAACAGCAACGACAUCAACAAAUAUCUCGAGAGAAAACAUAGCGGAUGAUUCUUCAACCGUUUCCCCAAAUGAAUCCCAAGCGCAGGAGAAUUCCGUUUCCAAAUUAAAUUGAAUGAUACGCCUCGCACAACUAAAGACUUUUCCAUCUCAGGACUCACCGUUAUCCUUCAGCUGCCAUAAUGCGAUUCCGACGCUUCGCUAAAUUUGAUGCCCAACGAUCGUUGCUAUUAAUCGUAUUGGCGUAUUUUUUCGCUGCUUUUGGCAUGAUUUUCUGGAGUGCUCUUUUGGUUCCGACGUUUAAUUCGAAAACUAAUUUCUUUUCAGAGAGAGAUCCGUUAUCUUUAAAUAAACUUUUUCUACAAGAUGCAUUUAUUCACAAACAUUCCAUGCGAAAUAAGACGUAUUAUCUAUUAAAAUCUAAAUCUAGAUCCUCAUCAUCAUCGUCAUCAUCGUCAUCGUCAUCUUCAUCAUCGUCAUCAUCAGCGUCAUCAUCAUCGUCGUUAAAUUCAUCGCCAAAUUUAUCAUCGUCAAAAUUAUCAUCAAAGUUAUUAUCAUCAAAGUUAAAAUUAUCAUUAAACUCAGCAUCAUCAUCAUCAUCAUCGUCAUUAUCAGCAUCAGCGGCAUCAUCAUCAAACACAGACUUUCCAUAUUUCGCAAAAGACUUCAUUAUAAAAGAUCCGACGGUUUCGGGUUGGAUUAAAAACCGAGCUUAUUUUUGUUCAAAGAGAAUUGAAUGUUUCUCGAGUGAAUUCGCAAAGCUAAACGAUGUUUUAAUUGAUACAAAAUUGUGCAAGGGUCAUGAAGGGGGAGAAAACCUUAACACUGUGUUCAACCAAUCGGAAGAAGAGGAAUAUCUAAGCCUCGAACCCGGUUUCUUUAAAGUAAACUGUCAUUCGAUAUCAACGUAUCAGUUUCUAAAAAGAAACCAUUUGAAUGAUUGGUGGUCAGUGUUAAAAGGAACAUCUAGUUUCAGAUAUCAAAACAUUUUCACUGAAACGUGUUUUACGAUAGCAAUUACGCGUUACGAAUACGUCAAUUUCUAUCACACCAUGACGGAUUUUUACAACGCUUUCCUAAUGUUGCUUAUAUUCAAACAACAGCCACAAAAUGUCAGAAUUCUUUGGAUUGAUGCACAUCCUCAAGGUUCGCUUGAUUCUAUAUGGAAAAAUCUUUUUGCAGGUUACACUAGGUUAAAAAGGAUAAAGAGGCCUGUCAUAUUCCGUGAACUUGUUUGGAGUAUUAUGGGAUAUAACAGUCCGAUUAUGCAAAUGGACCGUGAUACUUUACCGUACGUAGAAGAAUUCCGCGAUUUCUUCUUAAAAAGGUUCAACCAAACGGCAAACAGAGAACUCGACUGUUCAAGUUUGAACGUAUUGUUUAUCUGGAGAAGAGAUUACAUCGCACAUCCGAGAAACCCCAAAGGAAUUGUCUCAAGAAAAAUCAGAAAUGAGUUAGCCCUGUUACAACAAGCACGAAAACGUCUUUCAGGAAAACACUCUGUCAAAGGAAUACAGAUUGAUCUUUUUACAAUAGAUAUGCAAUUAAACUGGAUUAUUAACACUGACAUUCUUAUUGGAAUGCACGGUGCAGGAAUGACCCACUCAUUAUUUCUACCAAAACAUGCGGGUGUUAUUGAGUUUUUCCCUACAUACUGGCCAGAUAACAAUGCCCACUUCCGUUCUAUAUCAAUGUGGAGGAAACUGAAAUAUCUAAAAUGGCAGAACAGUGACACUAAGAACGAGUUCAUUAACAUGUACACACAGAUACCAACCACUGUUUUGGCCAACAUGUUGGAUGAUAUGUUGAACAGGAUCUGCCCAAAUAUCAUAUGAAACAAACACACGCGCAUAUAUACGCACAUAUACACGCACAUACAAACAGGCAUACACAAACGCAAACACAUAUAUGCAUUUACAUAAACUCACAAACAUUCCAAUAUAAAAGUUUCUCAUAAAAUAACAAACACAAAAGUCUUACAUACAAAGAGGGGUUCUUUUUAUUGUUAUUGUUGGUUUUUUGCUUUUUUUUCUACAUUUUGUUAUUUCUUUUUACUGAAAAAUAAAUAUAUGUUUGAAGGGAAAUUAUGUUUGGAAUGUGAUCAGAGUUAUUCAAAACAAAAAUAAAAACUGAUUUCCCUCCAAACAGUAUAUUCAAAACUGA